ACAACAGGUCAACCACCCUUGAUUUCUCUCUGUUUUUCUCUACAGCUUGCUUAACGCUUACAUCAAUCACCCUAAUUAAUUUCGAAACCAAGAAAACCUGUGCUGCGCAUUCAUUUCUUUUCAUUCAUCCAUGCCAGCGAGUAGUAGUGGACUAGUGAGUGAGUAGCAGUGACUCGGUAGUACUCGCACCUGACUCAUUCAUUCAUUACCAUUCCCACUCCCCUCCCUCCUCCUCCUCGUUUCGUCUUUUCAACGAUUUCAACGUGAAACAAACGAAAUUUGGAUUCAACAGAUAGAUCGGAUCGAUCGAUCGAGCUCCACUCUCUCGAACCGAGACGAGUCAUUUGCUGGAUUUAGAUAAUGUGGAGGAGAGCAGAUAAUUAGUGGUGAUGGUAAUGCAGUAGUAUAUAGUGUUAUUGUUAGAUUUUUGUUGCUGCUUUAUUAAGGAAGAACAAAAGGGGCAAGGAUGAUGAUGGUGAAUAAGCCGCUUGUAUUGACUUAUCUCUACCUUUUGAUCUACGUUUUGCUUUCGUCUGGAGUCAUUCUGUACAACAAGUGGGUGCUCUCACCAAAAUAUUUCAACUUUCCAUUUCCCAUAACACUUACGAUGAUUCAUAUGGGGUUUUCAGGAGCUGUAGCCUUUUUCCUUAUUCGUGUAUUUAAGGUUGUGUCUCCAGUCAAAAUGACUUUGGAAAUAUACAUAACCUGUGUUGUGCCAAUAAGUGCCUUCUUUGCAGCAAGUCUUUGGUUCGGUAACACUGCUUACUUGUACAUCUCAGUGGCCUUCAUUCAGAUGCUCAAAGCCCUAAUGCCAGUGGCAACUUUUAUCAUGGCUGUUAUGUGUGGUACUGACAAAGGAAGGUGUGACGUGUUCUCAAACAUGUUGCUCGUCAGUGUUGGAGUUGUCAUCUCGUCAUAUGGGGAAAUUCAUUUUAAUGGAGUUGGCACACUUUACCAGGUCACAGGCAUCUUUGCAGAAGCUCUUAGGCUGGUUUUAACUCAGGUUCUUUUACAGAAGAAGGGCUUGACUCUAAAUCCUAUCACCAGCUUAUAUUACAUUGCUCCAUGCAGUUUUGUUUUUCUGUGCGCGCCUUGGUAUGUACUGGAGAAGCCUGGGAUGGAAGUUUCACAGAUUCAGUUCAACUUUUGGAUCUUCUUUUCCAAUGCUCUCUGUGCCUUAGCCUUGAACUUCUCCAUAUUCUUGGUAAUUGGUAGAACUGGGGCAGUCACCAUCAGAGUUGCUGGUGUGCUAAAAGACUGGAUACUUAUAGCCCUUUCUACUGUUAUAUUCCCAGAGUCUACAAUAACCGGGCUUAAUAUCAUUGGCUAUGCAAUUGCACUUUGUGGUGUUGUCAUGUACAACUACUUGAAAGUUAAGGAUGUUCGUGCAUCUCAACUGCCUGAAAGUAUUCCAGAUAGAAUGACAAAGGAUUGGAAAUUGGAGAAGAAGUCAUCUGAUAUAUUCACACCUAAAAACAGCAGUGAUAACACCGGAGGAGGUGGUGGGGGGAAUAUGAAUUCAUCCUCGGAUACGAAUGUCGAUGAAGAAGCACCUCUAAUUUCAUCAAGAUUAUCACAUGUUGGUCGCACGCAGCUUAGCAAGUAGCAUUCACAGCCCAUAUUUUUUUAGCCCGACGCUGAUACAGGAGUGUAGUACUUGAAAAGAUAUGCUUUCUUUUGUUCGUUCUUCUUCUUUUUUUUUUUUUUUUAAUUUUUGGGCAAUUGAGAAGUGCUCACAUUGCUACGCUUGUAGCAGGCAGCAUGUUGAUUUCUCAUAGCUUCUGCAGAUGCUUAGCUUGGUGCCCAUAGCGUAUAGUCAAAACUCUUGAUUUGGAUACCCUUUUUUUGGAGGGUAUGCAAUGGGAAAGUAGAUUGACAAUUAUUCAUGUUAAUGGAUGAAAUUAAGAGGGAUUAUUUAUGA